AUGGCUUUACAUCGUAAUAUUAUACAAAAAAAACCGAAAUUUAAAAAUCAAGCAAUUAAUGAUCUAUACAUUAAAGUAGUUGGAUUUUUAAUGCGUGAAAGCGAGAAAAAUAAGAUCAAUGGAGUUAUAUAUUAUUUGGCUGGAUGUAUCAGUGUAUUGACAAUAUUUCCUAAGGAUAUUGCUAUCAUGUCAAUUAUAAUUUUAUCGUGGUGUGACACGGCAGCUUCAUUCUUUGGUAGAAAAUUUGGUCAUCAUACAUAUAAAUUUAAAAAUGGGAAAUCAUUAGCAGGUACAAUUGGAGCAAUUAUGAUUGGAUUUCUGGCAGCAUUAUUAUUUUGGGGUAAAAAAACAAGUAAUUAUCAUCAUCAUCAAAAUCAAUCAUCAAUUAUUAUUAUGGAAUCAAAUAACUUGGAAUCAAAUAAUUUAAAUAAUAUUCAAUUAAAUAUUCAAUCAAAUAAUAAAAUUUUAGAAACAAAUAUGAUAAAUGAAGAAAGAAGUUGGAUACCGGAGAAAAGUAUAUUUUCAUUACCUUUAUUAUCGUUAUUAACAGGAAUAAUUGGAGGAAUAAGUGAAUUAAUUGAUAUUUGGGGAUUAGAUGAUAAUUUUGUUUUACCUUUAGCAUCUGGAAAUAUUUUUUAUUAA